AGCAAGGUGUGGUGGCGGCGCACACAGAAGCCUGUAGAGAAGCGGCGAAACAGCGCCAAAACCUCGGCCUUCUUCCUUCCUCUCCCCUCACUUGGAUGUCGUCAUCUUCGCAGAAGAAACUCCUCUGUGCCCUGGCUCUCACCCUCCCUUCCUCCCCCAAACCCUUCCCUUCCUCCCCCUCUCUCUUCCUCCUCCUCCGCCGCCCUCCGCCGCUCGCCGCUCCCUCCCUCCGCUUCUUCGGCACCUUUCCGCUCCGAUUGCCGUCGCCCAUGUCGUACACCCACCGGGGGAAUUCCGCUGCGAGAGAGAAGCGAUGGAAGAAGAAGCCGAGCUCCGUCCGGUCUUUCGCCGGCGGCGCGGACGGCGGCGAUCCGACGCCGUCUUCUGGGCCCGCGGUCUCUUCCGUCGCUGAGGGGAUCGGCCGGCUGAGUCUUGCGGAGAACGCGGGCCGAGGCCAUCCGGCCUCUCCGAUGCAGUCCGGCGGUGCGCUGCUGGCGAACCAGGGACCGGCGAAGGGUCAACAGGAAGGCGUAUGGGUGCCCAAGACUUACGCGACUGCGAGCAGUGCUGCUGCUGCACCGGUGGAGGUCGCCGCUGCGGAGCCAAGUCGGAGUUCUGCAGCGGUGGAGAAGGAUAAUAGCAAGGUUCGUGGUUUGACAAAGCUGUUCAAGGGUCCUCUAGGGGCGGAUUUCAACGUGGAUAACAACACGUUCUCUCAGGCUCAGAUAAGAGCUACGUUCUAUCCGAAGUUUGAGAACGAGAAGUCUGACCAAGAGGUUAGAACACGGAUGAUAGAGAUGGUGUCUCACGGCCAAGCAACCUUAGAGGUCUCACUUAAACACUCCGGGUCUCUUUUUAUGUAUGCGGGUCAUGAUGGUGGAGCAUAUGCAAAGAACAGCUUUGGGAACAUGUAUACUGCAGUUGGUGUUUUUGUUCUGGGUCGAAUGUUUCUUGAGGCAUGGGGCCCUGAAGCAAGAAGAAAGCAAGCAGAGUUUAAUGAUUUCCUUGAGAAAAAGCGUGUUUGUAUAUCAAUGGAAUUAGUCACUGCUGUUUUAGGAGACCAUGGGCAACGACCUAUUGAUGAUUAUGUCGUGGUGACAGCUGUAACAGCAUUGGGCCAUGGCAAGCCAAAAUUUUACUCUACUCCUGAGUUAAUUGCAUUCUGUAGGAAGUGGCGGCUACCAACAAACCAUGUUUGGUUGUUCUCAACAAGGAAAUCUGUGACUUCCUUUUUUGCUGCAUAUGAUGCACUAUGUGAAGAAGGAACUGCAACACCUGUAUGCAAAGCCCUUGAUGAAGUUGCUGACAUAUCUGUACCAGGGUCAAAAGAUCAUGUAAAGGUACAAGGUGAAAUUUUGGAAGGUUUGGUUGCUCGUAUUGUUAGCCAUGAUAGCUCAAAACAUAUGGAGAAAGUUUUGAAGGAGUUCCCUCCGUCGCCAUUUGUUGGAGCUGACCUUGAUUUAGGACCAAGUUUGCGUGAAGUGUGUGCUGCUAAUAGGUCAGAUGAAAAGCAGCAAAUCAAAGCACUUCUCGAGAGUGCUGGGACUUCUAUGUGUCCAGAUUACUCUGAUUGGUUUGGAAAUGGAGAUGUUGGUGUCCUUUCUCGAAAUGCUGAUCGAUCAGUCCUUUCAAAAUUUUUACAAGCUCAUCCUGCAGAUUAUGCAACUGUCAAGUUGCAGGAGAUGAUCCGUUUGAUGAGACAAAGGCAUUUUCCUGCUGCUUUCAAGUGUUAUUGUAACUACCACAAAAUUGAUUCUCUAUCAGUUGACAAUAUUUACUUUAAGAUGGUUAUCCAUGUCCAUAGUGACUCUGUUUUUCGGCGAUAUCAGCAAGAAAUGAGGAGAAACCCAGGACUGUGGCCAUUGUACAGGGGGUUUUUCCUUGACAUUAACUUGUUCAAGGUAAACAAAGAGAGGGCCACUGAACUUGCAAAAGACAGCAAUGCCCUAUUAAAGAGUAUCAAUGGUAGUUGCGAUUCUAGUGCAUUAGCAUCAGAUGGUCUAGCUAAUGAGGAUGCAAAUCUGAUGAUAAAACUAAAAUUUUUGACGUAUAAGUUGAGGACAUUUUUGAUUCGAAAUGGUUUGUCCACACUCUUUAAAGAUGGUCCAUCAGCUUAUAAAACUUACUACUUAAGGCAAAUGAAAAAUUGGGGAACAUCAGCUGGUAAGCAGAGGGAGCUUAGCAAAAUGUUGGAUGAAUGGGCUGUCUAUAUUCGAAGAAAGUAUGGGAACAAACAGUUGUCAUCAUCAACAUAUCUUACUGAAGCUGAGCCUUUCCUUGAGCAAUAUGCUAGGCGUAGUCCACAGAACCAGGUGUUGGUAGGAUCUGCUGGUAACUUAGUUAGGGCUGAAAAUUUCUUGGCUAUAAUUGAAGGAGAUAGAGAUGAAGAGGGCGAUCUUCAUCCUGAGGGAGAUGUAGCACCUUUAACUCCAACUCCCACAGUUAAAGAUACAGUUCCCAAAGAUGAGGGUCUCAUUGUAUUCUUUCCAGGCAUACCAGGCUGUGCUAAGUCAGCUCUAUGCAAAGAAAUACUGAGCAUGCCAGGUGGCCUUGGGGACAACCGCCCUGUGCAUAGCCUGAUGGGUGAUCUUAUUAAAGGAAAGUACUGGCAAAAGGUUGCUGAUGAGCGCAGGAAGAAACCAUAUGCCAUAACCCUAGCUGACAAAAAUGCUCCAAAUGAAGAAGUGUGGAGACAAAUUGAGGGCAUGUGUCGGAGCACAAAAGCCUCUGCUGUUCCUGUCGUUCCAGAAUCUGAAGGAACUGAUUCAAAUCCGUUUUCUCUUGAUGCGCUGGCUGUUUUUAUAUUGCGUGUUCUUCAACGAGUAAAUCAUCCGGGAAAUCUUGAUAAGGCAUCUCCAAAUGCUGGUUAUGUUCUGCUAAUGUUUUACCACCUCUAUGAUGGCAAGAAUCGCAGAGAAUUUGAGAGUGAAUUAUAUGAACGUUUUGGCUCUUUGGUCAAGAUGCCUUUGCUCAAGCCUGAUAGAAAUCCACUACCUGAUCCUGUGAAGUCUAUACUGGAGGAAGGCAUAAGUCUUUUCAAACUUCACACUAGCAAGCAUGGAAGACUGGAACCUGUGAAAGGCUCAUAUGCGAAAGAAUGGGCUCGAUGGGAAAAAAGAUUGCGGGAAGUUAUGUUUGGAAAUGCCGAUUACCUCAAUUCUAUUCAGGUUCCUUUUGACUUGGCUGUGAAACAAGUCCUAGAGCAGCUGAAAGAUGUCGCAAAGGGUGAGUAUAAAACACCAGAUACGGAAAAGAGGAAGUUUGGCAACAUUGUCUUUGCUGCUGUCACGUUGCCAGUGACAGAGAUUACGAGCAUGUUGGAUAAGAUAGCCAAGAAGGAUCCCAAGGCGAAGGCUUUCCUUGAAGAUAAGAAUAUGGAGAACAACCUCAGGAAGGCUCAUGUAACCCUAGCUCACAAAAGAAGUCAUGGUGUCACAGCUGUUGCUAGUUAUGGUGUCUUCGUCCGACAAAAUGUCCCUGUUGAUUUCACUGCGUUACUAUUCUCUGACAAAUUGGCUGCUCUAGAAGCACGACUAGGGUCAAUUAAUGGCGAAAUGAUAGACUCUAAAAACGAGUGGCCCCAUGCUACUCUUUGGACUGCACCAGGUAUACCACCAAGGGAAGCCAACACAUUGCCGCAUUUGGUCUCUGAAGGUAAAGCAACAAGGAUAGACAUCGAACCACCGGUGACUGUAUCAGGAGUUAUGGAUUUUUAUUGAGUUGCUACCACACUGUGCCAGCAUCGCGGAGUGACACUAGAAGUUUUGCUUGAAAAAUGAGGUGAUAGAGUGGCUUCCCUUGACCUCGGAGUAAAAUAUUGUAAAAGUGAGUUUAGAAUUUGAGGAAUUUUGUAGGGAAUCAGAAAUGCGCCUUUGCAUAUCAUUCCCCACUAUUAUGUGUGCGGUCCUUCCCGGAAAAGGGCUGGCGGGCGUCUCCUUUCUUUUUUUCCCAGCAUUGUAUGCCUCAUCAAUUGAAUUUUUCUUCUGUUCUCAACAUGAUGCAUAUGUGAAGAAAUCAUUAGUUAUUAAUCGAUUGGCAACCA